GUCCCGUCCCGGUUCCCCGCGGCUCAGCACCGCCGCACGGCCCCGGAGCCGCCCCCCCCCCCCCCCUCCCAGCCGGGGCCCGGUUCGGCCCAUAUGGUGCUGAGCGGGAUACGAGCAGCGCCCUGAGCCCACCCGUGUCCGCAUGGCUCCACGCGGGACGCGGCCCGGGGCGGCCGCCUUCAGCCUCCUCCUCCUCCUCCUCCUCACCGGUUGCGACGGCGGCGUGGUGGAGGUGCAGCGCAGCGUGACGGCGGUGCUGGGCCAGGACGCGGUGCUGCCGUGCCGGUACCGGGCGCAGGAGGGGGAGCAGGUGGUGCAGGUGACGUGGUUGAAGCGCAGCGCGUCGGGGCGCAGCACGGAGGUGGCCGUGCUGGACCUGCGGCACGGAGAGCACGUGCAGGACGCCUACGUGGGGCGCGUGCGGCGGCGGGGGGACGGGGCGCUGGAGGACGGAGGCAUCGUGCUGCGCAACGCCGUGCAGGGCGACGAGGGGGACUACGAGUGUCACCUCAUCACCUUCCCGCUGGGAAGCUUCGAGGGGAGGGUGGCGCUGAGGGUGUUGGUGCCGCCGCUGCCCAUCCUGAACCCGGGACCGCCGCUGGAGGAGGGGCAGGGCCGGACGCUGGCGGCCUCGUGCACGGCAGAGGGCAACCCGGUGCCCACGGUGCGCUGGGAGACGGAGGUGCGCGGUGCCAACGCCACGCGGCAGUCCCAGCACGACCACUCCGCCUCCGUCACCAGCGAGUUCUUCGUGGUGCCGGGGCGCAGCAUGAACGGGAAGAGCCUGACCUGCGUGGUGGCGCACCCGGGGCUGGUCCAAGAGAAGAGGAUCAUCCACCAGCUGAGCGUCGCCUACCUGUCUGACGCGUCGGUGCUGGGGCACACGGAGGAGUGGGCGGAGGGCAUGGAGGGGGCUGCGCUCACCUGCCUGGGGGACGGCAACCCCCCGCCCACCUACAACUGGACACGGCUCGACGCCCCGCUGCCCGCCGGCGUGCGGGUGAAGGGGGACACGCUGCUCUUCCAGCGCCCGCUCGCCGCCGCCGAUGCCGGGGACUACGUGUGCCGCGUGGCCAACCGCGUGGCGGCCAAGGAGGCGCGGGCCAACGUCAGCAUCAAGAGCAGGGCGGCAGAGGAUGAGGUGCGGAGGGUGGACCUGGUCUCAGCCUCAGUGGUGGUGGUGGGCGUCAUCGCCGCUGUGCUGCUCUGCGUCCUCGUCGUCGUCGUCGUCGUCAUGACCCUCUACCACAAGCGCAAGACCAAGCGCAUCUCUGAGAAGUACGAGGAGGAGCUGACGCUCACGCGGGAGAACUCCAUCCGCCGUCUGCACUCCAGUCACAGCACCGACACGCGCACCCAGAUGGAGGAGACACUGCAACUGCGCACAGAGAGCCGGCAGGGCAGCCUGCGUGGGGACAGCCUUCGUGGGGACAGCCUGCGUGGGGACAGCCUGCGUGGGGACAGCCUGCGUGGCACCAGCAUCUGCUCUGCUAUGAGCGAAGAGGCCGAGGGCCGCAGCUACUCCACCCUCUCCACGGUGCGGGAGAUCGAGACGCAGACCGAGGUCCCCGUGUCCCCACUGCUGUCCCCGUCCCUGGAGGGCAAAGAGGUGAAGGAGGAGGAGGAGGACGGUGGGGACAACCCCAUCAAGCAGGCAAUGACGCACUUUGUGCAGGAGAACGGCAUGCUGCAGGCACGGCCCAGCACCAACGGCAUCUACAUCAACGGGCGCGGGCACCUGGUGUGAGCGGGGACACGGGGCUGGGGGGGGACACCAACGGACCGCCGUCCCCUCCCUGCCACCCCGAAGCAGUGCUGCUGCGUUCCAUCCCCCAACGUCACCCCUGGUGCCCGUGUGAGGUUGGGGACGUGCGCUGUGUCGUGGGGAUGGGGGUUCUGUCCCCAAAUGCACCGCGUCUGGGACGUGUGCUGUGCGCUCUGUCCCCGCAUGUCCACCGCCCCUGGUGCUGGCACGAGGUUGGGGACAUGCGCCGUGCCACCAGGAUGGGGCUCCGUCCCCCGGAUGCCACCCCUGCUGCUGGGACCAACGUUGGGGACGUGCACUGUGCCACCAGGAUGGCACUUUGUCCCCCAAAUGCACCACGUCUGGGACACACGCUGUGCCACCAGGACUCUGUCCCCAAAUGCCACCUCUGCUGCUUGGUGCAGGGUUGGGGACGUGUGCCACGCCACCGGGAUGGAGCCCUGUCCCCAGAUGCCACCUCUGCUGCAUGGCACAGGGAUGAGGACACGUGCCACGCCACCAGGAUGGGGCUCUGUCCCCAAAUGCCACCCGCGCUGCCGGUGUGAGGUUGGGGACAUGCACUUUGCUGGGUUCCUGUCCCCGGAUGCCCCCUCUGCUACUUGGAACAGGGUUGGGGACACGCUCUGUGCCACCACGAUGGGGUCCUGUCCCUAGAUGCCACUCUCUGUUUGGCAUGAGGCUGGGGACACACGCUGUGCCACCAGGACUCUGUCCCCACAUGCCACCUCUGCUGCUUGGUGCAGGUUUGGGGACACGGACUGUGCCACCAGGAUGGGGUUCUGUCCCCAAAUGCCGCCCCCGCUGCAUGGCACAGGGUUGGGAACGCGUGCCGUGACCCAGGACAGAGCCCUGUCCCCAAAUGCCACCUCUGCUGCGUGGCACAGGGUUGGAGACGCGCUCCGUGUCACACGGAUGGUAUCAGAAUGCACCGCAUCCGGGACACGCGCUGUCCUACCGGGACUCAGUCCCCAAACGCCACCCCUGCUGCUGGUGUGAGGUUGGGAACGUGCACUUUGCUGGGUUCCUGUCCCCAUAUGCCACCUCUACUGCAUGGCACAGUGUUGGGGACACAGUGCCACCAGGAUAGCGCCCCAUCCCCAAACGCCACCCAUGCUGCUGCCACGCUGGGGACACGGGGACCCCAUGGAUCCCCCCCCCCCCCCACUGCCACUCCCCCUGGUCACAGCGUGGGGUCCCCACUCGGGACACGCUUCCCUGUGGGGCACUGCUGUCCCCCCCCCCCAUCCCAGGGGUCCGCGCUGUACAUAGUGCUGCUGUACAUAGGUGUAUAGGAUGGGGGUGUCGUCGUCGUCCCACCCCCCCCCCCCCAUCACUGUUUUGGAUCUGCGCUGCUCGGCUGUAAAUAAACACCCUGGGAGCAGCGUGCAUGGCUCUGUUGGUGCA